UAUUACUUUCAGCUGGAAGGAAGAUGCGUUUUUUCGUUACCUUCGUGGGACUUAAAUAAUUUAGAUUUGUGCGUAACUUUCAGGUGAUUUAAGUGAUAUCAGUUCGAGUGUAAGCUUCAGGUGACUCAAAUGAACUGGAUUUGUGCGUAACCUUCAGAUGACAACUCAACCUUUAUGUACUAAAUUUUCAACAGAUGACAACUGAAUGUCUAACUUUAGAAGACGAAAGCAGAGUGACCAUCUUACCUAGCAGUUUAGACAGAAGUCGAGUGUUACUUUAUAGCCGAAAAGUAGGACCUGAUAAGUUUAGAAGACGACAAGAUACAGUGGACAUGAAUUUGUACUGACUUACCUUGUCGAUGGUAUUGUAAUUAUCAAUUUACGUUCACUACAGAUCAGACCAGACAAACGAUGUCUGUUCCUGUACCGGAGGCCUUUAUUCCAUACACCGUAUUGGUGUUUAACAUCAUUUUUUUCAAAAUUAUGCGGGGUAUGACAUUUGCCGUUAUACCUCAUAGUUUUCGUCCUCUAGUGGCAGAACUCAUAUCCACUUUAGAGCUUUGCAGUGAUUGUGCAGAGUUGGGUGUAGUUUACGAGCGCCACGGUUCUAUCGCACUGGGACUAGCUCUAGGCUUAGUAUGUUUUUGGUGGUGUCAAGUUUUCGAAGACACUGAAGCUUGUCCCUGUGGUCCUAUUGAAGAUUACGUACUUAGAAUACCAUCGCCAUCUGGUGACAUAUCAAAGAAACUGCUUGGUCAAGUGAUCGGAGGAAUUAUCACAACAUGGUACAUAAAAUCGAUCUGGUCUUUUCACUUAGUAACCGAACACCGAGCACUUCACACAGCUCAACAAUGUGAAGCUGGACUCCAGGUAACGAUAUUAUGGGGAGCUCUGAUUGAAGGCUUUAUUACUUUCAUUAGUCGACUGGUGGCGCUUCAGUCUGGAAAGUGGGAUGCAAGAACUGCAGCAAUUGCUAAUUCCAUCACCACUGUAGUUCUAGUGUUAGCAGCACUAAACACAACGGGAGGAUUCUUCAAUCCUAUCUUAGCAUCUGCUUUGACACUUGGUUGCCAUGGUAACACGAUUAUAGAGCAUUUUAUCGUUUAUUGGAUCGGAGCUCUUAUUGGUGGAUUGAUUGCCAGGGUACUUCAUCAAGCACUAGAGGGCACUACGAAAGAGAAAGGAGCUUAAGAGUCAUCCUUAAUAAAUCUACACUUUUAGUAACCCAUUAUAUUUAAAACAUGUCCGCUACCAUAACAGUAUGAAGUUCCAGGAGAGCCUUUCUUCUUUACCUAGUUAGUUAACUUAAUGAAAUUGUCUAAUUUAUUAUGAGCAUAAAAAAAAAUAUCAUACUGUUUUGUUGAUGUUUUUUAUGACCAUUGUACGACAGCGUUUUCUUUUAAGAAAUUAUACUGUUUCUCAAUUUUUAUGCUAUUAUAGUUCUAUCUGUAGUAUAUUAAAAUAUAAUGCCUUAGAAAUUUCAUGAAUUACGAAAUAUAUGUACUUAGGUAUUUUAUACACACACACAAAUAUAUAUAUAUACAUGGUUAUCAAAAUGUAAAAAUAUCGUAUAGAUUCAAAAGCCAUGAAUGGUGUAUAUUAACUGCUAAAACUACUGCUAAAAUAUUCAAUAACAAUUAGAAUGCAAAGAAUACACGACAGGUCAAAUAUAUAUAGCGUUGAAGUAUACAGAUGUUAGUCAUGUCACACUUAUUAACUCUAAAUGAUAAGACAAAAAUAAGAUAUUCAUUAGUAAAUUUUAAUUUUCAACAAUCAAGGUUACUGAUUUCACCUGCAUAUAGUCUAAAACAUUUAAAGCACAUUUGCGAUAUUUUGUACUUGUAGUGCUGCCCUCUAUAAGCGUUAAUGUAAGUUACAAAAACGUAGAGUUUUGAACUGUGUAAAAAAAAUUAAAUUUUGUAUUACAUCUUUUUGAUGAGAUAAUAAAUUAUCUUUAAACAAUAGACAUUUAAUACGUUUUUUUAGAUUGUUAAGUUCCCUUGAGAAUCAUGGGUUAUCUGCGUUCCGUCUACAGCGGGGAAUCGAACCCUAGAUUUUAGAAUUGUUAGUCCAGAAACUUACUGCUGACUCACUAAAGAACUUUACAAAAUACGAAAAAAGUUUCAUCUUUAAUAAAAUAGCAGCAAAGUGGAAUAAUAACAUAUUCUUGCGUUUCAAAUCUAUAUAUAUGAACCCAGUGCUAUAAUAUAUUGGCAAAAAGAAAAGUAAACUAACCAAUAUGGGGGUUGGUGUCUAGUCUAGACAGUCCUGAUAAACACUAGGAAUGUAAAGGAACCUUAAAAGUGAAUUUGGUAAACGUCAUGUAUUAAUUCUAAGUAAUAAAUCUGCUAACUUUUACAGCAAAUAUUUACUUCAAAGAAAUAUAUUGAUUCUAUGUCUUUAAGAAUAUAAUGUGAACUUAAUUCUGUUUUUGUCUAAAAUAAAAUUCAGUUUAGUUUUAAGGACAUACUUUCCUGUGCAGCUUUUCCAUUGUAUUUAGAU